GUUACCUGGCUGAGCAGUGCUGGAAUGGCGGCUUCAUCUACCUGAUCAUGCUGCGGCGCUUCAAGCACAAAGCCCAUCCUACUUACAAUGGCCACAGCAGCAACAGCUCUGAAGCGGGCGACAUACCUACCUUGGAGCUGGGUGACCAAACUUCAAAAAAGGGGAAAAGAACAAGAAAAUUUGGAGUCAUUUCCAGACCUCCUAGCAACAAGGUCCCAGAAGACCCUAAGAGCAGCGCUGGCAGUGAGUUGGCUGAUGAUCCCAGCUCUGAGCAGGAGAAAUGUACGGACCCUGAACUUGGAAGCGGGCAUGGCUUGGAGCUGGAAAAUGGCCCACAUUCUCUCAAGGAGGUGACUGGGGCUCAUGUAGAAAAGACAGAGGCGGACAGAGGAGCAGAGAAUAGAGUUCCAAAGACAGAUGCACCUCUGGCCACCAGCAAUGACAAACGACGCUUCUCAAAAGCUGGCAAGACGGACUGCCAAUCAAGUGACUGCCUGGCACGGGAGGAAGUUGGCCGAAUAUGGAAGAUGGAGCUGCUCAAAGAGGCAGAUGGGCUGGGAAUUCAGGUUAGUGGAGGCCGAGGAUCAAAGCGCUCACCUCACGCUAUCGUUGUCACCCAAGUGAAGGAAGGAGGUGCUGCUCACAGGGAUGGCCGACUGUCCCUAGGAGAUGAGCUGCUGGUCAUCAAUGGUCACUUAUUGGUUGGCCUAUCCCAUGAGGAAGCUGUGGCCAUUCUCCGCUCAGCUACUGGCAUGGUGCAGCUGGUGGUAGCCAGCAAGGAAAGCUCUGCAGAGGACCUGCUCAGGUUAACGUCUAAGAGCUUACCUGAUCUUACCAGCUCGGUAGAGGAUGUGUCCUCCUGGACUGACAACGAAGACCAGGACCCAGAUGGAGAAGAGGAAGAAGGGACAGGUUCAUCUUCCGUCCAGGGAGCAAUACCCGGGAUGGAGGAACCCCAGGAAGAAUCCAAGGAGAGCUCAGAAAGCCCCAAACAGAACAACAGUAAGCUGAAGCUCAAGAGUCGCCUUUCAGGAGGUGUCCACCGCCUAGAGUCUGUUGAAGAAUACAAUGAGCUGAUGGUACGCAAUGGGGACCCUCGAGCCAGGAUGCUGGAGGUCUCCCGAGAUGGCCGAAAACACUCCCUUCCCCAGCUGCUGGACUCCUCUGGGUCAUCUCAGGAAUACCACAUCGUGAAGAAAUCCACCCGCUCCCUGAGCACCACCCAUGUGGAAUCUCCGUGGAGACUCAUCCGGCCAUCUGUGAUCUCCAUCAUUGGGUUGUAUAAAGAAAAAGGCAAGGGCCUUGGCUUUAGUAUUGCUGGAGGUCGGGACUGUAUUCGAGGCCAGAUGGGAAUUUUUGUCAAGACCAUUUUCCCAAAUGGAUCAGCUGCAGAGGAUGGAAGACUUAAAGAAGGUGAUGAAAUCCUAGAUGUAAAUGGAAUACCAAUAAAAGGCCUGACAUUCCAAGAAGCCAUUCACACCUUUAAGCAAAUCCGGAGUGGGCUGUUCGUCUUAACAGUGCGCACAAAAUUGUUGAGCCCCAGCCUGACGCCUUGCUCCACCCCGACGCACAUGAGCAGAUCCAGCUCUCCAAACUUCAACACCACUGGGGGGACAUCAGCAGGAGGCUCUGAUGACUGUGGGUCUUCAUCCCUGGGUCGGAAGACUCCUGGGCCCAAGGACAGGAUUGUCAUGGAAGUCACACUCAACAAAGAGCCAAGAGUUGGACUAGGCAUUGGUGCCUGCUGCCUGGCCUUGGAAAACAGCCCUCCAGGCAUCUACAUUCACAGCCUUGCCCCUGGGUCGGUGGCCAAGAUGGAGAGCAACCUGAGCCGCGGAGACCAAAUCCUGGAAGUCAACUCAGUCAACGUGCGCCAUGCUGCUUUAAGCAAAGUGCAUGCCAUCCUGAGCAAGUGCCCCCCUGGACCAGUUCGCCUGGUCAUCGGCCGACACCCUAACCCCAAGGUUUCCGAACAGGAGAUGGAUGAAGUGAUAGCAAAGAGCACUUCUCAGGAGAGUAAAGAAGCCAGUUCUUCUCCUGGCUUAGGCACUCCCUUGAAGAGUCCCUCUCUUGCCAAAAAGGACUCCCUCAUCUCUGAAUCUGACCUCUCCCAGUACUUCACCCAAGAUGUACAAGGUCACUUGACGGAUUUCCUGGUUGCUGGCUCUGAGGAUGAGGACCACUCUGGAAGCGGCAGCACAGCAGAGGACACCGGCCUGCCUGGUGGCCACCGAGGGUCCUGGGCUCCACCCUGCACUCCCAAGGAGCCAGGAAAAGCCAGAGCCAACAGCCUUGUCGCUCUUGGAAGCCAGCGAGCCUCUGGGCUGUUCCACAAGCAGGUGACCGUUGCCAGGCAAGCCAGUCUCCCUGGCAGCCCACAGGGCCUGAGAAACCCCCUCCUCCGCCAGCGACGGGUACGCUGCUAUGAUGCCAACGAUGCCAGCGAUGAGGAAGAGUUCGAUGGGGACGCAGACUGCAUCUCCCUCCCGGGAGCCCUCCCGGGUCCCGGCAGGCCCCUGGUAGAGGAUGACACUGGCCAUGUCAUAGAGAUCCCUUCCAAAGUCACGGAUGUCACCAAGCAAGAAGAGCCCCCUCGGAAGGCGCAGGUCAGCAAGGCCUGCUCCGUGCCGCUGCUUGGCAGUGCGCUGGACGCAGAAGAACGUGGCGCAGAGGGAAGGAUGGAAGCUUCUGCCCAGGCCGCCAGUCUGCUGGGCUCCACAGGGGCCUCCAGGAGUGAUCCUGGUGGUGCCGGAAAAAAGGAACUGUCAGGAUCAAGGAGUUCGCCCAAACUGGAAUACAAAGUCUAUACAGCAAGCCCAGAGAACCCCACAUCCCCCCAGUCCAAGAAUGAAAACCUGGCGUCUAAGCACAAACCUGUGGCCAGGAUCAGUCCACACUGCAAGAGGCCUGAGGCCGAGCCCAGGCCCAGCUGCUCAGACCCGGGCAGGGCCAGUAGGACAUGUGGUCAGGAUUUGAAAGCACAGAGCAUCACCAGUCUUCAGCCAGGUGGAAUGGAGAAGGGACCUCUAGGAAAGCUGACUCUUGGGGAUGGGCGUGUCUCCACCAGCUGUGGACCAGCCAGUUCUCCAUCCCACCAGGACCCUGGACACCUCACAGAGAACCUGCCAGGAACUGCAACAGAGGGGGAGCAACACCAUGCAGCUAGACAGGACAGCAAACCGGACCUCCUCGCUUCCCCUGGGAGAAAGGGGACCACACAUCCUGACGGCAGCGAGACCUCCACAGGGCCUGGGCCCGGCCCCCGGCCCCUGAGCCCCAGCCAGCCCGCACCUCCCAGGAUAGUGGAGCCCAAGUUCCAGGCCGGAUCUGCAGCGAGUCUCACCCUCGAGGGCACCAUGGCCCAGGAGAAGAAGGCACCAGAUUCCCCUGACUUGGGCAGGACUUGGGCAAGACCUGGAGCCAGCUCACCCCACACCACUGAGGGGGAGGCCACCAUGCCCAGGGGUGCAGGCCAGCGUACGGAGGAGGUCACUCCAGCCAGUGUCAUCCAGCCCCAGGACCCCCUCCCAUCCCAGGAGAGGAGUCAAGGAACUCCAGGGAGCCAUAGCAAGGCCCAGGAAAAGCCAGGAGUCCGUGUCGCUAGAAGCCCCCAGGAGAUCACCGUGCUAGAGGACACGGGCGCUGUGUCUGCAAGGACACCACAGGCCAGCACUUCCCCGACAGCCUCCACAGACAGGACCAGAGAUGUGUGUGGCAGCGUAUCCUGGCACUGCUGCCCGUCUGGGUGCGGAGACAGCACUGUGACAGACAUCGACAGCUUCAUCGAGGAGUCAGAGCGUGCUUGGGCAGGGGUCUGCCGGGGUCUGGAGGGCGGUUCUCAGGCCCAGCGGGCAGCAGGAGACGGAGGGGGCAGUUCCCAUGAGGCCCCGGCAGUGGCCAGGGACCUCACACCCCUUCCCAGGCAGGCCUGUGCUGUGGACGCAGCCCCAACCGCACAGUGGACCCCCCAGCCUUCCAUCUUGGACUCCAUUCAUCCUGACAAACAUUUUGCUGUGAACAAAACCUCUCUGAGCAACUACUCGAGGAAUCUGAGCAGUUUUCAGGAAGACAGUGCCCCCCUGUCAGGCACGGGGAGCAACACAGAGCGGUCACUCUCCAUGUACGGCGGUGCGGAGGACUCCUCCUCCGACCCCGAGUCUCUUGCAGAAGAAGCCCCUCAAACCGCCGCCAGAAACAGCUGCCCGCCACCCCGUCCACCCGGCUCUCCUCACAAGGAAGAUACUACAGAGUCAGAGGAAGAGCACAUCGAAAUCUGUUCCACCAGUGGUUGCCCCAACACACCCAGGGGGAUAAACCCAACCCAGCCUCGCGGCCAGGCUCUGCCCUGCCCAGCACUAGCCAAGGUUUUGCCAUUGAAACACAGCGCUCUGAGUGAAUCUGUGGAGAAGCCCUGCGAGACAGCCUGCUUCCUGCUACGAGGUUCACACCCUUGCAUCCCAAACAUGCCCCAGACAUUCUCAGUCGUCCAUCAGAGCUCUCUGGAGCAUGAAACUCACACCGGCACGUGUGGUUCACAGCACCACAGGCCACUGUACACAGGAGAAGCAGAGGCCACUACUAGUGUUGGCUCUGCUGGGGUGCACAGCCAGACUUUGGGCAUCACCAGAUUUCAUCAUCCCCCGCCAGUCAGCCUCAGCAACCCCGACAUGGUAAACGGUUUAGGACAGGACCCACUGGAAGAUGAUACCCCAAAGAAACAAGAAACAAAUGCCAAUACAAGUGACCCCCUGUGCGCCUUCCGUGGGCAGGUCACUAAGAAUGCAGGGUCCACUGUGGCCAACCUCCACCUCUCAGAAAGCCAGGACCUGGGAGACUUGCUACAGAAACCCAAAACCAUCUCCAGGAGGCCUAUCAUGGCCUGGUUUAAAGAAAUCAAUAAAAAUAACCAACUGCAGAGCAAAACUGAGAAGGAACACACCACAGUGUCAGCCAGAAGUCCUGACUCCAAAAUUCAGAUACUGAAUUCAAGCCACAAAAAGGGGGUGGCCAUCCCCAACAGCCCCCCUCUGCUGAAAAUGAAUCUAGAAAAUAAAGACACCUCUAAAAAGAGCUCUGUGGAAACACCCGUCAGCAACGGUCAGAAACCCAAGUGUGGCCCUAAGCUGAAGAGACUGAGCAGCAAAAGCAAAAGCAAAGUUGGCUCCGAGGUCCCGGCUACAAAUUCUGCAAAGGUCAGUGGGACAGACCACAGGAAAUCCCUGACGUCACCCCAGGCCUCCCACAAAAUGCUCUCUAAGGUGGUAUCCCACCAGUACCACGCAGCUGACCGUGAGGAACCUGACAGCAGCUCCGGGGACAGCCCUACGUCCCCCCAUCCCUGCCUGCACACGGCUCAUGCAGUAGAUUCCACGUGGCUGUCCACGCGGAAUCUGACCGAGGCUACCCACCGACUCCCAGGUCCCCUAGGUGUGGACCGGAGGGCCGAGCUCGCCAGGCUGACGCAGGGCCCAUGA